GUGACAGGUCAGUCUGUAAGAAUGGCGACUGCGGUAGAAGAACAGAAUUCGGUUGACAUGAGUGAAGAUAAAGAAUCACAAUUCGACCAAGUCACUUAUCACCAAGUUAGUUGGGUGGAUAUUACUCAAGAAUUUUUCGAGGCCAUUAGAGAACUGGAGUUAGGUGAAAUAUUACACGAUGAGUUGUUUGGAUUAUUUGAGGCAAUGUCUGCAAUUGAAAUGAUGGAUCCAAAAAUGGAUGUUGGCAUGUUGUGCAAUCGAGGGAACAACAAACCAUGCACUUUUGCACAGGCUGUUGAAUCGGGUGCAUUAAAAUUGGACAAUUUAACUCCAGCAGAAGUUAUAGGAAUAAUAGAUUCAACCUAUGCGUGUAUAGUGUCUUGGUUGGAAGGUCAUAGUUUAGCCCAAACAGUUUUCACUAACUUGUACCUUCACCAACCCAGUCAAAUAGUGGAUAAACCUUUAAAAAUCUUUUGUUAUGCUGUGUACAAAAUAAUUGAGAUAAUUAAAGAUUGCAUCAAUAAAGCAUUGGUUUUUGAAGAAGAAGAUUUCCAGAGUGUUACUUACGGUUAUAGAUUGCAACAGGAUAUUACAGAACAAAAAAUCAUAUCUAUGUUACAAGAAGUAGAAGAAGAACUACAUAGGAAAAGUAGAAUAAAACUAAUCGAUGUAGAAUUAGAGACAGAAUAUAAUGAUGGAUUAGCAUUGUAUGCCAGAAUUAGAUUUACUAAAAUGUUUUAUCGAAUUUUAUCAUUAAUGGGGAAAAAAGAACAAUUGCAACAGAAUUUAAAUGAUUGUCAUAGAUUAUUAUCAAAAUGUUCUUAUAUAAUUCAAGUUAUGAUUAAGACAGUAAACUGUGGAGAGAAAGCUGAUGAAAUAUCAAAUUAUCCAACUAUUAUGGGGUUUGAUCCCAUGGUAAAUCAAAGAUUAUUACCACCAACAUUUCCACGGUAUACUAAGAUAAAACCAAGAAUAGAGGCUCUAAAGUAUCUGGAUGAAUUAUUGAAUAGAUUUCGAACAGUUACUAUGAUCACCAACCAGAAUGGAUUUCAUGCAGCUCUGGACUUUUUUUUAGAAUUUUCACGACAAAGUCCGUGUAUACUAUCCAGAUCAAUGCUGCAGAUAAUUUAUUUACCUACAACAAAUCGGGUGUUCGGUGUGCAAAACUUUGCCGAUGUUUUGAAAGAAGCGGUACGAAAUUUCACAGGGUCUCCAGCUUUAAUGCCAAAGAGCACGUUAUUUUACAAUCAUCUAGCCAAGGGAAAUGUUGAUAGUUUCAUGUCUCAUUGUGUAUACCUCUUUGGCAGUUUAUUACAACUUACUGGCCAUAACAGAGCAAGACAGAGAGACAAAUUAGCACAUUUAUUGGAAGAAUUUGCAACAUUGCAAGAUGAAGCUGAAAGAUUAGAUGAAUUUUUACACGCUUGUUUGACAUUGAAAGGUGAUGCAUCCAGGUCAUACUUAACUUGUUUUCAAACAUGGAUUUUGUAUUAUACACUACGAGUAAUGGUCAUAUAUUUGUUAAGUGGUUUUGAGUUAGAAUUGUAUUCCGUACACGAAUACCACUAUAUAUUUUGGUACCUGUAUGAAUGUCUUUAUGGAUGGCUUGUAUCAGCUAUUUCAAGAGCUAGUAUGUUUUUUAUGCAGCAAGAUUUACAUAACGAUACACAUAAAGGUAGAGGCGGUAAAAAGAGUGCGAAAAAUAGGAAGAAAAAAUCGACAUCGAGUACAUAUGGUUUAGAAAUAUUAAUGUAUCAAGCUAUGCAAAAUAUAUGUGGAGGAUAUUAUAAAGCUUUACUUGGUUUUCGUAUCGAUGGAAAAAUACCACUUCCGGAAGUGCAAUUUGAUUCAGAAAAAAUUCGGUAUGAGCAUAGGUUAUCACCGUUUUCUGCGUUACUGACACCAACAUUGGUCCGUUACGACACCUUCUUAGAAAUGACUAAAGAACAGACAAUGUACGAAGGAAAUAAACCGAUUACUGGUGAAGUGCAGUACUUAGCCGGUUGCCGUCAUUUUAAUCAAGCUAGAAGUAUGUUGAACCGGGCAUUGUCCCUUUACCCACCGAAUGCUAGUACCGUAAACGAGAUCAAUCAGUUGUUAAAAGUGGCGAAAACGAAUUUCGUGGUUCUAAAGUUGCUCGGUUAUGGACAUAAAAAGGAUUCCAAAGAACCUCCAGUAUUCGACUUCUCGUGUCAUCAACAUUUUCCAUUGAUAAAACUGUCCUAAAUCAUUUGUAACGGCCAUCAUUUCAUGCUAUAAACGACCUAUUAUUUAUUCUAGCUUUAAUCGU